AUCGGUGGCCCGCAAUGAAUCGCAUCCACGACUAAAGAGCCGCAAUGCGGCGGAGGCACCGCCGGUAUGAGCCGUCGUUGGUUCGGAGCGAGCGAUGAUGUCGCCAAGCUUCCACACGCACGCCAUCUUGCUGGUCGGAAACCACAAGGCUGGGAGAAAACACUACGCUCGCCGUAUUAAAGCCACCGAGCCACUGUUCAAGAAGCUUGCCCGGUCCUUCUGGACUGUCUCAUUACGACUCCUUUCGUACUUAAACCAAAAUCUUGGCCGAUCAACAAUUGUGGCACUCGACCAGCACAGCAACGACUAUGAUCGCGCAAUAGUGUUGAACUUCUGUUUCUUUCCUGCAAUUCGCGCUCGGGUUCAGACGAGCACAGGUUCAAAUUCUCGGCAGACUCUUCCUGAGUACACGGGCACGCUACGCUGCCUUGGUAGUCAAGCAGAUUGAUCACCUCUGCAAUCAUGGAGGCUGCCAGAAAGGUCGGGCGCUGGUUUGCGCCACCGCCAGACAAAGCUGCUGAUGGCCGUGAUCAAUGGCCUUCCCGCACGGCGUUCGUCCUGGCGUCAAUGGGCGGUUGUGCUGGUAUGGGCAAUCUGCUGCGUUACCCGUCCCAGGUGUACAACAACUAUGGCCUGCAGUGGUUCAUCCCGUACUUGUUGGCCAUUUUCCUCAUCGCAAUCCCGGUCCUCACCCUUGAGAUCGCCAUCGGCAACGCGUACCGCGGCGGCUCUGUCGUCGCCUCGAACACGAUGCAUCAUCGCCUCAAGGGCGCUGGCCUGGCCAUCUUGUUUAUCGGGUUUGUUGUCGGUCCCUACUUCGUCGUCAACCUCGCCUGGAUCAUGACCUACUUCCGGUACUCUUUUACGAGCCCUCUCCCAUGGGCUGGACGAGGUACCGAGUUCUUUGAGGACGUCGUGGUCGCCAACCCGGAUCCCGUGCCUGGCAUGUUGAGUGAUGACAUGAGCCAGGUCAUCGCAUACACAUCCUAUCCGGGCAUGGGCGUGAUCCCGGAGACUGCUGCCUGGUGUUUGUUCACAUGGUUCCUCGUUUGGCUCUGCAUAUUCCGUGGUGUAGGUCUUACAGGACGUGUCAUCUACUGGACCAUGGGAUUGCCUAUCGUCAUCACUGUCAUCCUCAUCGGCCGCUCGUGCUCACUCCCGAACGCCUCCGCAGGCGUGGCGGCCUUCUGGGCGACGUGGCGAGGUGAAGAAUUAGCCAAGGGUCAGCUGUGGCAGACCGCUUGCUCGCAAGUCUUCUUUUCUUGCGGGAUCGGAUUUGGGUAUUUUUCUUCUUACGCCUCGUACAACCGACAGCACUCUAAUGCUUUGGCGGAUGCGCUCAUGAUCGCCACCAGCAAUGCCGUGUUUGAGAACGUUGCGGCGUUUGCGGUGUAUGGAGUCAUUGGCUUCACAGGUCUCUGGCCAUGGGAGAGCGAGUCACCGAUUGGUGGUUUCACUGUUGGCUUCCUCACUUUGCCCCUUGCGAUCGUCGAGAUGCCCGCAGCCAAUUUUUGGGCGGUCAUGCUCUUCUUUACACUCAUGGUGCUUGGUUUCAGCUCAGCGUUUGCGAUGCUCGACGCCGUCGUCACAUUGUGGAUGGACAGUGGCACCAAGCUGUCUCGCCCGGUCGUUGUGACUACCUUGGUGGUCGUCUCGUUCCUAUUAUCGCUGCCCUACGCCACAGAAUUUGGCUAUUACCUCUUGGAUGGAGUGGAUCGCUGGAUCAGCAACGUUGCUCUAGUCUUUGUUGUCUUCACUGAGUGCGUCACGUCGACCACUGUCUACCGCUGGCGCGAUAUUGAAGGUCAGGUUGGCCUGCCAGCCUUUGUGACUUACAACUUCGGAUAUUUCGGCGGCAUGCUCAUCGGUCUCAUCACCGCACACUCCGUCAGUGCGCCAGCCGGCGCUGGGGCUGGGUUUGGUGUUUUUCUGGCUUCUUUACUCGUGGCGCUGUUCAUCGCCAAGACGCCUGAUGUCAAGGCACCCAGAUUCUGGCAGAAGAAUGUCUUUGUCCGCCGGUUCUGGUUGCUCGCUUUCUACUCUGGAAAUCAACUCACGGCCGAUCUCAACGUGGUCGUCGGCUCCAACGGCAACUGGGCGCUGCCAUUUUGGUGGGCACCUCUCCUGCGUUACAUAUCUGGCCCGAUUUUGGCGAUUGUGUACUCAUUCUCGUACCCCGACUUCUACAGCAAGCGUCAGGAUCCCACCUACAUCUACGGAUUUGCCCUCGCGCAUUGCGCUCUGCUUAUCGUUGCGCUUGGCUUUGUGGUGCCACGCUGGUUCGACAGCCUCAUUCCCCCACCGAGGCGCAACGAGGGCCACAUUCCCUACGCUCCCCUGGUUACACUUGACCCGGACGAGUUGCGCGAACGGCAACGUCUCGAGGCUGGUGCUGCAGACAUCAUUACUAAGGCCAGUGUCGACAGCGAAGCUCGGAGGCGUUGCUCAGCUGGAGAUGGCAAAGCCGAGUCUCCUGACGGUCUUGAGGCUAAGCCUGCCACCACCACCAGGGCGGAAAUCGGUUUGGGCCGAAGGUCCUCGUCGGAGCAAGAUACAAACGGCGUGCUGACCAACGAGAAGCAAACCGAGGUCAAGUAGGCCGAUUCUGCCAAGUUUGAACGGGGGAGAAACGUUGGUAGGAGCAUAUGCAACCGCAGAAGGCCCCCCAAGGUGCGCCAGCUGAUGCAUGACAGAACGCAGGAUUUUGGUUCACCAAGGAGGCGCACACGCGACACGCGACACGCACCACUAUACAAGACUACGUAUAUUAGCUGUUCCUUAAUUGUAACUGCUUAACGAGAGAAUGGGUAACGCGAAAACUGCGUCUUUGGCCCGUUUACCUCAUCCCCUGGCCCUCGUUGCCUCCUACAAGCGUCCAUGAUGGAUCUUUGCCUUCUCAUAUCUCUCUAAAUGGAAACCAUGCUUGUGCUUGAUUUCAAGACGUAGGUUCGGUAUUACUAGCCGCGUGGAUGGUAGCACCCGUAACGGGCAGCGAAACUCUCCGGUCCCCUUAUUAUUCCGUCGCUGAAUGAAAUACUGUGGGGCACAAAAGCCCUUCUGUG